AUUAUGUUAAAUUAUAACAGAGUCAUUAUAUAUGUGUUUUCACUUAUCCAUAUAUAUUUGUUUGGAAUUAAUGCUACAAAGAAUUCUAAUAAUAAAAUCUCACCAGUUAUAAUAUGGUGGUCAGAUUUAUUAUACCCCCAUGAAAAAAACGCGAAUGAAAUCAAAUGUGGAUUAGGAAACUGUACUUCCUUUAAAAGAAAAAAAUACCAUUCUGAGAAUGUAACUAUUGCUUAUAUUUUCUACGGCACGGAUUUUGAUGGCCAAAAUUUACCUUUAAUUAGAAAAAGCAAUCAUAUCUGGGCAUUGCUUCAUGAAGAAUCACCUUCAAACAAUUUCAUUUUUUCUCAUUCAUCUGGCAUUAAAUUAUUCAACUAUAGUGCUACAUUUUCUAGACAGUCAGAUUUUCCUUUAACUACUCAAUUUAUACCAUCUGUUGAAUAUUUAACCAAUAGAAAACCAGUGCCAUUGAAAUUAAAAAAUAAACUUCGAAAAGAGGGCCUUGCCCCAGUACUGUAUUUACAGUCUCACUGCAAUGUAGCAUCAGAUAGAGAUCAAUAUGUAAAGCAUCUCAUGAACUAUAUCCCUAUUGACUCAUAUGGAAAAUGUCUUCAUAAUAAAGAUCUACCACCUCACCUGGCUUCCACAGAUACUUAUAAUGAUGAAGAAUUGUUUUCAUUUAUUUCUCAAUAUAAAUUUCACAUUGCAUUUGAAAAUGCCAUUUGUAAUGAUUAUAUUACUGAGAAAUUAUUUAGAGCUUUGCAUGUUGGUUCUGUUCCAAUUUACAAAGGAUCUGCUUCAGUGAAGGAUUGGCUACCAACAAAUAAAUCUGCCAUUGUUGUUGAUGACUUUAAUGAUCCUUCAGAACUUGCUGAUUUUGUGUUGAAAUUAGACCAGAAUGAUUCACUGUACAAUGAAUUCUUGCAAUUUAAAGAAACUGGAAUUGAUAAUAAGUAUCUUAGGGACCAUUUGAUGAAAAGAAAAUGGGGUGUUAAUGAUCCAGAUAAUUUAGAUUUUAUUAGAGGAUUUGAAUGCUUUAUAUGUGAUAAAAUUCAAAAAGGUAAUACUGUUCCUUCAAUAGCAAAUCUGAAACACAUGAAUUGUCCUCAACCUCAUCAAUCAUUAUUAUCAGAAAAAAUUAAUUCAGAUGAUGAGUGGAUGAAUGAAAAUUGGAUUGAAGACUAUUGGUUUGCUCUUGACCAAGCCAAAGCUAUUGAAAUGAUGAUUCAUAGUAAGGAAAGACAUUCAUCAAAUUUCAUGAAAUAUCUCAUGAAAAUUAAGCACCAUGAUGAAUUGUAAAUAGUAUUUUAUACAUAAAUAACUAAUACCAGUUUUUUCAAUAAAUUAUAUAUGCUUUUU